CCUAGUCACACUCCCAGUGUAUGAACAUGUCUAUUUUUAACUAGUCGGCAGACACAGAUAUAGUCUCACUCAAGCUUUUAGUGACUAAGCUGAACACAAGCGUGGAGCUCACAGUAAAAACACUAUGGGUAGACAAAGAACCCAAACAUCCAAGCUCCAUCGCCAUUGUGAGAGCUGUCACAGCCGGCGCUGCAAAACCCCGAUUGAGAUUUCUGUGUCAUGUGCGAUUAUGAGCUGUCGUUUGCUGUGCGGUGCUGUGUUUCACCUGUGCAAGGAAGAAGAACACAUGCUCUUGUGCCCCAAUGAAAGGGUACCUUGUCUCAAUGUUGAAUAUGGCUGCCUGUUCACCAUGUGCCGCUCAAACCUGGCUAAGCAUUUGACAGUGUGUCCCGCCAGUGUUGUCUCCUGCUCAAUGGAAUGGAACCGCUGGCCUAUUGAAGAGUCUGAGACCCCUGAGUUUUACGAGAACAUUUUGAAGGAGAACUACACUCAUGAACCUCUGGAUCUCUCGAUGGCUCUGAGGGACCAGCAGCAUCUGUUUCAUUCUCUCAAAAUGAAAACUCUCUUCCCUGAACUUAUUGAAAAGGUGGCUGAGGAGCCUUCGGUUGUGGUCCCGGAGGGGGCCGUGGGAGGGGUACCACUGUCAAAUGGAGUUGAAGAAGCAUUUGAGUCUUCAAGCGCAGUAACUGAAGAAGGUGAGCUGACUCAGGAGGAACGAGAGGAAUUGGCAAGGAAUCCUCAUGUGGUCAAUCUUGAAAGCUAUAAUAUUUGGGAAAAAAUGUUCAGCAUGGAGUUAAGCGGCUGCAAGCAUACAAUAAAAUCUUUGGAGCAAAAUCCCGAAACCCCUCGCAAAGAAAUAAAGCCACAAGCCAACCCAAAUAGGUUGGAAGUCUUACAGGAAGAGCUGCCAACGGAGAUCGAAAGUCUUGAUGCCCCUACUGACAUCAGUCAAUACAACUUCAUGGACGAAGACAAAUUCCUCAUCGCCACAUCCCUGUUUGCAUGUGACACGAGACCCAAGAAGAAACUUGUCUACGAACAUUUAGAGCCCAUGAAGAUUAAAAUAGUCAGAACUUUCAAAGUCCCGACCAGCUUCAAAGCCAAACAAAGUCGCAUUCGAAACCCCUCGCAUAACAAGAAGGUGAACGCAAGCGUAGACACAUCUGACCUAGGUGUUGAAAUUGAUGACAUGCCAAAAUGGGAUGAAGUUCAAGCUACUCUCUUAUGCUCUUUGGAGCGGGAACUACGGGGCCAUCUCAUAGCUGAAUCCAUGUCCACAGAUGCCCUUCUUCUGGACACUGGAACACAGACGUAUGAUUUCUACUCUGCACCUUUUAAAGCAGAGGCUUCACUGGCUGACAUCACUGCUGACCGGGCUUUGAAACUCCACGUCCAAGUUCAGGCCGAGAGCGUCACCAGAAGACACAACAAAUCCAGCUCUGCGUUUACGUACCUCUGCAACCACAUAUUCAGACGGGAUGAGUUUCCUUCACACUACAAGAACGUUCACUCUGACAUCCAGAGCUGCGUCAGUGGAUGGUUUGAACAGCGAUGCCCUCUCUCCUACCUUGGCUGCACUUUUAUUCAGAGAAGGUUUCAGCCCAGCUCUCACAGAGCGAUUGUUUUCUACGACAAGGAGCUCAGCACUUUCUGCCUCCGACCAGAGGUCUCAGAUAAACUGUAUGAAGGUAUACAACCGGUGAAUGUGGAAAGGAAGCGUGCACGCAAUACAGAUGCUCUGAGCAGGCUGCCUUUUGAGGUUCUAGUCCAUGUUGCUGGAUUUCUUGACAGCUUCACCCUGUCCCAGCUGGCUCUGGUUUCUCAUCUCAUGAGAGAGGUAUGCAGGACCUUGCUUCAUGAAAGAGGAAUGGUUUCACUGAAGUGGGAGAAGAAGGUCUACUCUCAUGGUGGAUGGUGCUGGAGAGCCAGAAAGAGGGUCUGGCAGUUUAGUAACCUGUUCUCCACUGUGGACAGCUGGUGCUUUGACAAAUUGCCUCCGAUUUCUGAACAUCUAAAGGUUUGUCCAUACUACCAGAGAGAGAAUAAGACAGCACCUGUUCCUUUAACUGGUGUUCAUGAGUAUCAUGAGAAGGAAGCGCACAGGAAUCAGAGUCUAGUCUCCUUGUUCAUAAAAAACAAGUAGCAUUUGUAUUAUAAGAGACAAUCAAAUUAAAUGUUUUAAUGUGUCAUAUACACACAAACCCACAAAAUCAUUUUGUUCAAAAUUAUACUUUGUCAUAUGUGCAAAAAUAAAUAAAUGAACCACAAUUCUUCAGCUUUUGGAUGGAAUUAUUAUUUUUGUGAGAGUGUGCGUGUGCGUGUGUGUGUGUAAAACUGAUACUCUGUCCUUUCACCGAACCAUGAAAAUUCAAUCCUCAUUUACUUCACCUUCACGUCUUUCCAGGCCUGUUUUGCUUACUUUCUUCCAUAGAUCACAAAGGAUAUUAUACCAUGAAC